CCGGGGCUCGUGAGGGGAGGGGGUGGGCAGGGGAGAGGGACCCCGCCUCACCCAGCUGAUGCAAGGAUGACUGUGCUGGCCAGGGCCCGGCGGGGUAUCUGGCAGCUCUCUCCGCAGGUGGUGUUGCUCCUGCUCUUUGCCUUCUGCCUGCUCAGUGUUUUCAUCUCUGCUUAUUAUUUAUAUGGGUGGAAAAGGGGCUUGGAGCCCUCUGGGGACGUGGCGGGGCCGGACUGCGACGAGCCCAAGGUCGCCCCUUCCCGCUUGCUGCCACUGAAGACCCUCAAGGUGGCCGACUCCUCCCGCACGGACCCCCUGGUGCUGGUCUUUGUGGAGAGCCUCUACUCCCAGCUGGGCCAGGAGAUUGUGGCCAUUUUGGAGUCGAGUCGCUUCAAAUACAGGACAGAGAUUGCCCCGGGGAAGGGGGACAUGCCCACGCUGACCGACAAGGACCGGGGACGCUUUGCGCUCAUCAUCUACGAGAACAUCCUCAAGUAUGUCAACCUGGAUGCCUGGAACCGGGAGCUGCUGGACAAGUACUGCGUGGAGUACGGCGUGGGCAUCAUCGGCUUCUUCAAGGCCAACGAGAACAGCCUUCUGAGUGCCCAGCUGAAGGGCUUCCCACUCUUCCUCCACUCCAACCUGGCGCUGAAGGACUGCAGCAUCAACCCCAAGUCGCCCCUGCUCUACAUCACGCGGCCCAGUGAGGUGGAGAAGGGUGUGCUCCCCGGGGAGGACUGGACUGUCUUCCAGUCCAACCACUCCACCUACGAGCCCGUCCUCAUGGCCAAGACCAAGUCAGCUGAGUCCAUCCCUCACAUGAGCGUGGAUGCUGCCCUGCACACCACCGUGAUGCAGGACCUGGGCCUCCACGAUGGCAUCCAGAGGGUGCUCUUUGGCAACAACCUCAACUUCUGGCUGCACAAGUUGGUCUUUGUGGACUCUGUCUCCUUCCUGACUGGCAAGAGGUUGUCUCUGCCCCUUGACCGCUACAUCCUGGUGGACAUUGAUGACAUCUUUGUGGGCAAGGAGGGCACACGCAUGAAGGUGGAAGAUGUCAAGGCACUGUUUGACACCCAGAACGAGCUGCGCACCCACAUCCCGAACUUCACCUUCAACCUGGGAUACUCAGGGAAAUUCUUCCACACAGGUACUGAUGCUGAGGACGAAGGUGAUGACCUGCUGCUGUCCUACGUGAAGGAGUUCUGGUGGUUCCCCCACAUGUGGAGCCACAUGCAGCCUCACCUCUUCCACAACCAGUCGGUUCUUGCUGAGCAGAUGACCUUAAACAAGAAAUUCGCUGUUGAGCAUGGCAUCCCCACUGACAUGGGGUACGCUGUGGCCCCCCACCACUCGGGCGUGUACCCUGUGCACGUGCAGCUGUACGAGGCCUGGAAGCAGGUUUGGUCCAUCAGGGUGACGAGCACAGAGGAAUAUCCACACCUGAAACCUGCCCGCUACCGCCGCGGCUUCAUCCACAACGGCAUCAUGGUACUCCCCCGGCAAACCUGUGGCCUGUUCACACACACCAUUUUCUACAAUGAGUACCCUGGUGGCUCCAGUGAGCUGGACAAAAUCAUCAACGGGGGUGAACUGUUCCUGACUGUCCUCCUGAACCCUAUCAGCAUCUUCAUGACCCACCUGUCCAACUAUGGCAACGACCGCCUGGGCUUGUACACCUUCAAGCACCUGGUCCGCUUCCUCAACUCCUGGACCAACUUGAAGCUGCAGACAUUGCCCCCCGUGCAGCUGGCACAGAAAUACUUCCAGAUCUUUUCUGAGGAGAAGGACCCACUGUGGCAGGAUCCCUGUGAAGACAAACGACACAAGGACAUUUGGUCCAAAGAGAAGACCUGUGACCGAUUCCCAAAGCUUCUCAUCAUUGGGCCUCAAAAAACAGGAACAACUGCCCUUUAUCUCUUCCUGGGGAUGCACCCGGACCUGAGCAGCAACUACCCCAGCUCGGAGACCUUUGAGGAGAUACAGUUCUUCAAUGGACACAACUAUCACAAGGGCAUCGACUGGUACAUGGAAUUCUUCCCCAUUCCCUCCAACACCACCUCUGACUUCUACUUUGAGAAAAGUGCCAACUACUUUGACUCUGAAGUGGCUCCUCGGCGAGCUGCAGCCCUGCUGUCCAAGGCCAAAAUCAUCACCAUCCUCAUCAACCCUGCAGAUCGAGCCUACUCCUGGUAUCAGCACCAGCGAGCUCACGAUGACGUGGUUGCCCUGAAGUACACGUUCCACGAGGUGAUCACGGCGGGGCCCGAGGCGGGGCCGCGGCUGCGGGCGCUGCAGAGCCGCUGCCUGGUGCCGGGCUGGUACGCCACCCACAUCGAGCGCUGGCUCAGCAGCUACCACGCCAACCAGAUCCUGGUGCUGGAUGGGAAGCUGCUCCGAACAGAACCCGCCAAAGUGAUGGACACGGUCCAGAAAUUCCUCGGCGUGACCAACUUCAUUGAUUAUCACAAGACCCUGGCGUUUGAUCCAAAGAAAGGAUUCUGGUGUCAGCUUCUGGAUGGAGGGAAAACGAAAUGCUUGGGAAAGAGCAAAGGGAGGAAGUACCCUGAGAUGGAUUCAGAUUCACGCUCCUUCCUGCGGGACUAUUACAGGGACCAUAACAUAGAGCUCUCCAAGCUCCUGUACAAAAUGGGGCAGACUUUGCCCACCUGGCUGCGGGAGGAGCUGCAGAGCACCAGGUAGCUGCUGCUGCCACCCCCCAGCAAUACCUGAGCGGGGCUGACCCUGUGCCAGCAGGACCUUCUCAGCAAUACCUGGCCUUGGAGGGGACCCCAGGAGCACACAGCAUCACUGGAGGCUUGGAGGGGAUCCCCAGGAGCACAGGGCUCCACUGGAGGAUGUCUGAGCAGCGAUCCAACUCUGCAAUCCCUGUGCUCCCACCUCUCUGCCUGCCCCACACCUGUAUCUCUUUCAUUUUAUUUUUCCUUUUUAAUUCCUCGUCACUUCCCACCCUGCUCUGGCAUAGGGAAGUGGCACAAAUUCCCCCUUUCUCUGCUCAAAAUGGGUUCCAACUGCCUUGGGCCCGAGGGCAGCACCAGAGCUGUCCCUCACUUCCUGGUCCGAGGGUGGAAGAGCUGUUGUGGGUGCACUGGUGGUGACUUUGCUGAGCUGGAGCAGAGGGAUGGAGCUGGUGGAGACCUAAAGCACAGAGGAAACCAGACCCACUCCUGCCAUCAGCCUCAUGGCAGGAAACAGGAGAGUUUGCUGGAUUCCCCCAGCACCUGCUUGGAAAAGCUGAGAACAAGGUGGAUUUUUCUUUCAAAGACUGGGGCACCAUUUCUUUUGUCAUCUCUGUCAUCAUAUUCCAGCUCCUCAACCUCUGGCUCCCUUUCCAUGGGCAGUGUGGUGGGAAUGUGGCCUAGCAGGAGAAGGGGCUGGCAUGCUGGUCUGGGCAUACUGGUCCCAGUAUGCUCAUGACCCCCAAGCCCUUCCUGCACUCUUGUACACAUGUGGUGUUUCCUGUGGUAAAGCCAAGUGGUGCCCAGCACACCCUGGCUUGGAGGAGAGCUCGGGGACAGAGCAGACAUUGGGAUAACGGCAAUCAGAAGAAUGCUGAGAGAACUUCAAACCUCUUGAAUAUUAAAAAUGAAAGUAUUUUA